AUGGCAAACUAUCUCGCCUCCAUCUUCGGCACCGAGCAGGACAAGGUCAACUGCAGUUUCUACUACAAGAUCGGCGCCUGCCGCCACGGCGACCGCUGCUCGCGAAAACACGUCAAGCCGUCGUACUCGCAGACGAUCCUGCUGCCUAACCUGUACCAGAACCCGGCGUACGACCCCAAGAACAAGAUGAACCCGCAGCAGAUGCAGAUGCACUUCGACGCCUUCUACGAGGACAUCUGGUGCGAGCUGUGCCAGUACGGGCUGGUGGAGGAGGUGGUCGUGUGCGACAACAAUAAUGACCAUCUCAUCGGCAAUGUCUACGUGCGCUUCAAGUACGAAGAGGACGCACAGAAGGCCUGCGACGCGCUCAACUCGCGCUGGUACGCCGGCCGCCCCAUCUACUGCGAAUUGUCCCCCGUCACCGACUUCCGCGAAGCGUGCUGUCGCUUGAACUCCGGCGAGGGCUGCGUCCGCGGCGGCUUCUGCAAUUUCAUCCACAGGAAGGAACCGAGCGCCGAGUUGGAGAGGGAGCUGGACAUGUGCACGAGGAAAUGGCUGAAGGAGCGUGGCAGGGAUCCGAGGAGUAUGAGCAAGAGCCCGACGCCUCCGGUGAAGCGGUUUUAG